AUGGUGGGAGACAAGGCGAGAGGGGAGAUGAACGCUUUUCAGAGAAAUGAAUCCAAGGAAACUUUGUUCACUUUUAUUUCUGCAGGAGAUGAUCCCCCCAAAGGAGAUUUCCCUGUUCAGAAAAAAUCCCCGAAACUCUGUGGCUCCAACUACCCCCUGAGCAUCGCUUUCAUUGUGGUGAACGAGUUCUGCGAGCGCUUCUCCUACUAUGGCAUGAGAGCUGUCCUGACACUGUAUUUUGUCAGCUUCUUCCACUGGGACGAGAAUCUCUCCACCUCUGUGUACCAUGCCUUUUCUGCUCUCUGUUAUUUCACACCUGUCAUUGGAGCCAUCAUGGCAGACUCGUGGAUGGGGAAAUACAAGACGAUCAUCUACCUCUCCAUUGUGUAUGUGGUUGGCCACCUGAUAAAGUCAGUCGGCGCAAUUCCAUCCCUAGGGAACCAGAUGGUUCAUGUGAUCCUGUCUAUGACUGGUCUGUUUUUGAUCGCCCUUGGAACAGGAGGUAUCAAGCCCUGUGUCUCUGCAUUUGGUGGGGACCAGUUUGAAGAGGAACAUACGUCGGAGAGAAGCAAGUUUUUUUCCGUCUUCUAUUUAUCCAUUAAUGCUGGAAGUCUGAUCUCCACAUUUGUUACUCCUGUAUUGAGAGGGGAUGUGAAAUGCUUUGGAGAGGAUUGUUACGCGCUGGCUUUUGGUGUCCCAGCAGCACUGAUGGUGUUAGCCCUUGUUGUGUUCAUUGCUGGAAGUGGACUGUACAGAAAAACACCACCACAAGGGAACGUCUUACUUGAAGUGUGCAAAUGCAUUGGAUUUGCUAUCAAAAACCGAAUGAAAAACCGCUCCCGUCAGAUUCCAAAGAGGGAUCACUGGCUCGACUGGGCAUCAGAAAAAUACUCAAAAAAACUGAUCGCUGAGGUUAAAAUGGUGACACGUGUUCUCUUCCUGUUCAUACCACUGCCGAUGUUCUGGGCCCUGUUUGAUCAACAGGGAUCCAGGUGGACUUUGCAAGCCACAAAGAUGAAUGCUGAUUUUGGGAUAUAUGUCCUUCAGCCUGACCAAAUGCAGUUCUUAAACCCACUUCUUAUUCUUGUCUUCAUCCCGAUUUUUGACCUUGGGCUCUACCCACUUAUAAACAUGUGCAAAUUUAAUUUCACGCCUAUUAGGAAAAUGGCAACAGGUAUGAUCCUUGCAGGGAUGGCAUUUGGACUUGCAGCCAUUGUAGAAGUCAAAAUAAAUGAAACCGAUAUGCCUCAACUUGUCCCAAAAGAAAGUUUAAUUCAGGUCCUGAAUUUGGCAAAGAACCCUGUUCAAGUGACAAUCCAAGACCAGCACCUAUUUCAGCAGCCCAUAGAGGCUUUCCAGAACCCAGCUGAGUACUCAAAAUUAAUAUUGAAUGGAGCGCAASAGAGCCUACGCUUCACCCUGCAACAACAAGGAUUGUCUCUUACUUUUAACUACACCGUGAAGGAAAAAUCAGUAUACAGCUUAAUUGUUUUUGAGGCAGAAGAAAGCCUAUCAAGCCGCUUAAUUACAGACUUGGAAGCAAAGCCAGAAAAUGGUUUGGCAGCAGUAAGAUUCAUUAACGGUUUGAGCCAAGAUGUGAACCUCACCAUCAACAACAGGAAGUUUAUUGCUCUUCAGAAAAACUACAGCGUUUCUGAGUACACACUGCUAGAGAGGGACAAAUACGAUAACGGCAGGUGUGUAACUGAAGCGGGGGAGUUCGCCCUGGCCCUAGGGCUGCUCGACUUCGGCGCGUCGUACACCGUUGUCAUCACUAAUAUAUCUGGAGGUGCCCUUCAGAUAUGGAAGUCAGAAGAUAUCAAAGCCAACAACGUCCAUAUGGCUUGGCAGUUACCACAAUACUUACUAAUAUCUGCUGGCGAAGUGAUGUUCUCCAUUACGGGACUGGCCUUCUCCUAUUCUCAGUCCCCGGCCAGCAUGAAGUCGGUGCUGCAGGCCGGCUGGCUGCUCACCGUGGCAUUCGGGAACGCCUUCGUGCUCGUCAUUGCCCAGACUGCACCAAUGGCACAGUGGGCUGAAUUUGUCUUGUUCACUGUUCUCCUCUUUGCUGUGUGCAUUGUUUUCUCCAUCAUGGGAUAUUUCUAUGUCAGUGUGGAUCCAGAGGACCUKCAAGAAGAGAAGAGAGAGACCCCAGGCAGAGGAAACAUGAUUGGUCUCGUUACUCAGAAAACAAAACUCUAACACAUCAUGGGCUGGGAUU